CGGUCGACCUCCUUUUUAUAUUAAGGAUGAAGAAUACGACCUAAGUUUAGCUAUCGAAAUUUUGGGUGGACUUAGAGAAACGAUCAUUCCUGGCACACCUGAAGAUUAUGUGAAUAUCUACACUGGGUGCUGGGAUAAUGAGCCAGAUAAUCGUCCAUCAAUGGAUCAAGUAGUUGAUAAAUUAAAUGCAAUUAUAUCAAACAUAACUGAAAACGAUCAAAUGAAUAAUUCUGAAUCAAAUAACUUCCAAGCUGUUUCUAAUUUAUACAGAUCUUCAGAUAUUUAA